AUGUCAUCUUUUGUAAGCUCGGUUCACAGUAAUAGUGCAUCCGUUGCAGAUGCUGAAGAAUCUUUCAAAGGCAACAAUAGCGAUGACGUGCUGGCUGCUAGAACGUCAGGUUCUUUCAUAAGGAGGACCUUAUCUCACAGAUCAUCUGUUGUUAUGAGCGAUGAUGCUAUGUCUCAAGUCCAAGAUUUGGCAAGAACCUUAUCUCAUAGAACCACAAGAGAUGGCCCAAUAGAAGAUGUUUUACAUGAGAUUGAGUCUAUGGCUAAUGAUGCUGAAGAGUUCGACGCUAGGAAAAUUUUUUCAGAUAUGGUCAGAGGUGCUAAUGAACAAGGCAUUCAUAUCAGAAAGGCUGGUGUGAUUAUGGAGAAAGUCAGUGCUGAAGGUGUCGAUGCUUCCACUGUGGAAGGUACUACUUUUGGUGAUAUUUUGUGUCUACCACUAACUAUCUAUAAAGGCAUUAGAGCAGCAAAACAGAGGAAAAUGAGGAGCAUUUUAAAUAAUGUCAAUUUACUAGCAGAACCAGGUGAGAUGGUCUUAGUAUUAGGAAGACCAGGCGCAGGUUGUUCCUCGUUUUUGAAAACUGCUGCUGGUGAAAUCGAUCAGUUUGCAGGUGGUGUUGUAGGCGAUAUCUCUUACGAUGGGAUUCCACAGGAAGAAAUGAUGAAGAAAUUUAAAUCUGACGUCAUAUAUAAUGGUGAAUUAGAUGUACAUUUCCCAUAUUUGACUGUCAAGCAAACUUUGGACUUUGCAAUCGCUUGUAAAAUUCCUGCAAAGAGAGUUGAUAAUGUUCCAAAGGAAGAUUACAUCGCUGCAGUGAGAGAUCUAUAUGCAACAAUCUUCGGCUUAAGACAUACAUACCAAACUUUUGUUGGUAAUGAUUUCGUAAGAGGUGUUUCUGGUGGUGAAAGAAAGAGAGUUUCCAUUGCUGAAGCUUUGGCUGCUAGAGGUACAGUUUACUGUUGGGAUAAUGCUACAAGGGGUUUAGACGCUUCGACUGCUUUGGAGUAUGCACAAGCUAUUAGAAUAAUGACCAAUUUACUAGGGUCCACUGCAUUAGUCACGAUUUAUCAAGCUUCGGAAAAUAUAUAUCAAACUUUCGAUAAAGUUACCGUCUUAUAUUUAGGUAGACAAAUUUAUUUUGGUAAAAUUGAAGAUGCUAAAGUUUAUUUCAAAAAAAUGGGUUAUGAAUGUCCACCAAGACAAGCUACUGCAGAAUUUUUAACUGCUUUAACUGAUCCAAACGGUUUUCACAUUAUUACACCAGGUUAUGAAAAUAAAGUUCCAAGAACUCCAGAAGAAUUCGAGACUUAUUGGGAAAAUUCAGAUGAAUUUAGACAAUUACAAAAAGAUAUCGCUGACUAUAAGUCAAAAAUAGAUAUCGAGAAAACAAAGGCUUUAUACCAUGAAUCCAUGGAUCAAGAAAAAUCUAAAUACGCCAGCAAAAAGUCUUACUUCACAAUUUCAUAUCCUCAACAAGUCCAAUUAUGUGUUAAGCGUGGUUUCCAAAGAAUUUACGGUGAUAAAACCUCAACAGUUAUCAACACCGUUGCUGCUAUUGUUCAAGCAUUUGUCACAGGUUCAUUGUUUUAUAAAACACCAUCAGCUACCAACGGUGCUUUCUCCAGAGGUGGUGUCUUAUAUUUUGCAUUGUUGUAUUACUCAUUAAUCGGUCUAGCAAAUAUUAACUUAGACAGUAGACCAAUUCUACAGAAACAUAAAGCAUAUUCGCUAUAUCAUUUGUCUGCUGAAGCUUUCGCCUCUACCAUUGCUCCUAUGCCAUUUAGAUUGAUAGGUUUGACAUGUUUCAUCAUCAUUUUGUAUUUCUUAGCUGGUUUACAUACUUCAGCUGGUGCAUUCUUUACCGUUUACCUAUUUUUGUUCUUAUGUUCAGAAACUAUUAAUGGUUUAUUUGAAAUGAUUACAUCCGUUUGUGAUAAUUUGGCUCAAGCUAAUUCUAUUGCUGGUAUUUUAAUGAUGGCUAUUUCUAUGUACUCAACAUAUAUGAUUCAAUUACCUGCUAUGCAUCCUUGGUUUAAAUGGAUUUCUUACGUUCUACCUAUUAGAUAUGCUUUCGAAUCUAUGUUAAACGCCGAAUUCCAUGGAAGACGUUUAGACUGUGGUGGUACUUUAGUUCCUUCUGGUGCAGGUUAUGAAAAUAUUGCUUCUGAAAAUCAAGUUUGUGCCUUCACAGGUUCUGUUGAAGGUCAGAGCUAUGUGUUAGGGGAUGACUAUUUAAAGGCUUACUUCCAAUACGAAUAUAAACACACAUGGAGAAAUUUUGGUAUUUUAUGGUGUUUCAUCAUCGGUUACUUUUCUAUUAAAGCUUUUCUUACAGAAUUCAAGAGACCAACUGUUGGUGGUGGUGACGCGUUGGUCUUUAAAAAAGGUUACAAACACCCAAACAGCAACACCGCAAAUGAUGAAGAAACUCACGAUAAAUUAAACUUAUCAGAAUCAAAGGAGAAAUAUAUGACAGGUUCUUCUUCAUCUGAAGAUGAUGGUACCUUUGAAGGUUUAGAAAGUACUGGUACUUUUGUUUGGAACAAGGUAUGUUUCACAAUUCCUUACGAUGGUGGUAUGCGUAUGUUAUUAGAUAACGUUUCUGGUUUCUGUCGUCCAGGUACUAUGACAGCCUUAAUGGGUGAAUCUGGUGCCGGUAAGACAACAUUGUUAAACACUUUAGCUCAGAGAAAUGUUGGUAUUAUUACUGGUGAUAUGUUAGUGAAUGGCAAACCCAUUGAUGCAAGUUUUGAAAGACGUACCGGUUAUGUGCAACAACAAGAUGUUCAUAUUGCUGAAUUGACAGUUAGAGAAUCUUUACAAUUUUCUGCUAGAAUGCGUCAACCUCAACAUCUUCCAGAUUCCGAAAAAAUGGAUUAUGUCGAAAGAAUUAUUCGUGUCUUAGAUAUGGAUGAAUAUGCUGAAGCCCUAGUUGGUGGUAUUGGUCGUGGUCUAAACGUUGAACAAAGAAAAAAGUUAUCUAUUGGUGUUGAAUUAGUCGCAAAGCCUGAUUUAUUAUUAUUCUUGGACGAACCUACUUCUGGUUUAGACUCACAAUCUUCUUGGUCGAUUAUCCAAUUAUUGAAGAAACUGGCUGCUUCUGGUCAAUCUAUUUUAUGUACUAUUCAUCAACCUUCGGCCACUUUAUUUGAACAAUUCGAUAGACUAUUAUUAUUGAAGAAGGGUGGUCAAACUGUUUAUUUUGGUGAUAUUGGUGAAAACUCGAAAGAUUUAUUAACUUACUUCGAAGAUCAUGGUGCUAGAAAGUGUGAACGUAAAGAAAAUCCAGCAGAAUAUAUUUUGGAAGCUAUUGGUGCCGGUGCAACUGCGUCUGUUAAAGAUGAUUGGCAUGAAAUUUGGAAGAAUUCUUCCACUUAUAAAAACUCUGAAAUUGAAAUUAACAAUAUGAUUAAGGGUUUAAGCGCUAAUGCUAAUUCUGAUGGCGAAGGAAAAGCGGCACAGAAAUAUGCUACUUCUUACUUUUAUCAAUUUAGAUAUGUCUAUUUCAGAACUGCCACGAUUCUAUGGAGAGAUUUGAAUUAUAUCAUGUCUAAAUUGAUGCUUCACAUUGUCGGUGGUCUUUUCAUUGGUUUCACAUUUUAUAAUGUUGGUACUACAUAUGCAGGUUUACAACAUGCAUUAUUUGCUGCUUUCAUGGCUAUCGUUAUUUCUGCUCCUUCUAUGAACCAAAUCCAAGCUCGUGCUAUUGCUUCAAGAGAGCUAUUUGAAGUUAGAGAAUCUAAAUCUAAUAUGUUCCAUUGGUCUUUAGUUUUGAUUACACAAUAUAUGAGUGAAAUUCCGUACCAUUUAGUAUUCUCCACUAUUUUCUUCGUUUCAUUAUAUUUCCCGCUAAGAAUUUUCUUCGAAGCCUCAAGAUCAGCUGUUUUCUAUUUGAACUACUGCAUUCUUUUCCAAUUAUUCUAUGUUGGUUUAGGUUUAAUGGUGUUAUACAUGUCACCAAAUCUACCAUCGGCUGCUAUUCUAAUGGGUCUAACUUUGUCUUUCUUGAUUUCUUUCUGUGGUGUUACACAACCAGAAAGAUUAAUGCCAGGUUUCUGGACUUUUAUGUGGAAGGCUUCCCCAUACACUUACUUCGUUCAAAAUUUAGUUGGCAUUAUGUUACAUGAGAAACCUGUGAUAUGUUCUAAGAAAGAAUUAAGUUACUUCAAUCCUCCAUCUGGUCAAACUUGUGGUCAGUACUUAGAAAGGUUCCUAGAAACCAACACUGGUUAUGUUUCCAAUCCAAAUGAUACCGCUAACUGUGGUUACUGUAUUUACUCAGUUGGUGAUGAAUAUUUGACUUACAUUGGUUCAAGUUACAGUUACCUAUGGAGAAACUUCGGUUUCUAUUGGGCUUACAUUGGAUUCAACAUCUGUGCCAUGGUCGGUGUAUAUUACAUUGUCCAUGUCAGAGGUGUCUCAUUCAUAUCUCCAGAAAAAAUCUCCAAGUUCUUAAAGAGAUUUAAGAAAUAG